AUGGCUAGCAAAAUUAUUGUUGAAAAACCUCUGUUGCAGACGGCAUGUAUGCUAGGCGAAGGUCCAUUGUACGAUGCGCGUACUUGCACGCUGCAUUUUGUUGACAUUGAGGAGCGCAAGGUGUUUCAUUUGAACGUCGAAACCCUUGACUUGGUCACCGAGGACUUUGGUGUACCAGUCACGUCCCUAGCGCUCCGCAAGCAAGGUCCCGGGUUGGCCUGCACCACUGCAUUAGGGUUCGCUCUGGCUGAGGGGGAUGGUAGACUCACAUAUCUCGCCAAACCACUGCCAACCGCGUAUGCGGUGCAUACGAGGUUCAACGACGGCGCAUGCGACGUCAAUGGUCGUUAUUUUGCAGGCACAGUCUGCUCCAAGACGCCGGAAAUCCCUGGUCAGCUGUAUAGAUACGAUCCCACCGAUCUAUCGUGCAAGUUGAUCGACGAAGGCCCCUUCACGGAUUCAAACGGCCUAGGCUGGAGCCCCGACGGGAAGACAUUGUACUUCACGGAUUCGUUGGUGAAUCGUAUCCACGCAUACGAUUAUGAUUCGUCCACGGGAGACAUCAGUAACCGACGUGUCCAUAUCGACCCACUGGCAGAAGGAUUGCCAGAGAACUCGUACCCAGAUGGACUAUGCAUUGAUAGUGAAGGCGGGAUAUGGAGCGCGCGGUGGGGUGCCUCCCGGAUCAACCGAUUCAACCAAGACGGGAAGAUAGACUUCGAGAUUGUAUUCCCCACCGCGCUGAAUAUCACAGCCUGUGAAUUCGGAGGGCCGAACUUGGAUAAGCUGUACGUCACAAGCGCGCACUGCGGAGCGGUCGGCGGCGAUGCCAGCCGUCAGGCAUUGUAUCCUGAUUCCGGCCAUCUGUUUGUCGUUGACCUAGCGGGUCAAUUCCAUGGUGGCAAGUGGAGGUUCCACUUCGGUGGCUGA